AUGUCAUCUUCUAUACCUGCAACAUAUCCAUUUUUGAACGGCCCAUUAAUAAAUACAAUAACUGGUUGUAUAGUUCAAAUUCAAGAACGAAAAAUUCUCACAAGAAAACGUCUUCAUUCUUUAAUACAUUAUAGUUCAAUAACAACUGGUUUUUUUGUAUUAUUAUAUUUUUUAAUACAUAUUCAAAUAUUAUUUUUUUGGUUUUUAAAAUUAAUAUUUCGUAUAAUAUUUAAAAUAGUUUCAACAAUUUUUUGGCUUCCAUUACGAACAGCUCGAUUUUUUACACCAAAAACAAUUGAUUAUGAUAUUUUAUUUCCAUUAUUUUGGUUAUGUUCAAUAUCAUCAUUUUAUCUAUCAAAAUUUUUUCAUGAAAACAUUUGUCAAUUUUAUGAUCAACAUUUAGUUCGACGUUAUAAAAUUUUCAAUUAUAAUCAAGCAAAACGUGAUGAUAUUAAACGAUAUUUAUUUAUUUUAACAUUUAUUCUGCUUCUUAUUCUUCAAUCUGUAUUCAUUCUUAUACCUAUUGCUGCAUCUAUUCGACGUCAUAAUGAAAACACUAAAACACCAGCUGUUGAUAGACAAACGAUGACUAUUACAAGUGCAACAGUUAAAUCAGCUGCAACAGAAGCCGUUGAAACAAUGAAUGAAAAUUUAUAUAAUCGUUUUAUUGAUGCUUUUAAAGAUGAGACUGAAUCACAUAAAAAUAAAAAACGUCAACCAUUAAUUGAACAUACAGGUAAAAAAAUACAAAAAUCAUUUAAAAACCAAAUAAAUAAUUUAAAACCUACAAAUAAACAAAAUAAAACAAAUCAAGAUAAUAAAAGUUCAAGAUUUCAACGAUGGAUUAUUCAUUAUCUUAAAGCACCUUUUCAAAAAUGGGAAAGUAAAAAGCAUGAAGAUAUUAAUACUAAAAUUGAAAAGAAAAAUUUCGAAGAUGAAAAUGAGGAGGAGAAUAUUGAAUUAAGCUCCUCCUCUUCAAUCAUCUCAGAUACAGAUGAAAAUAAUGAUGAAGAUGACGAGACUGAUGAUCAAGAAGAACAUUCAACAAUAACUAAACAAAUUCAACAACGUAUAGAUACAAUUAAACAUUUUGGACAUAAAUUAAAAGAGAAUGUUAAAAGCAAAAUAUCUUCUAAAGAAGAAGAAGAAGAUGAUGAUGAUGAUGAUGACGAUGAUGAAGAUGAAGAUGAUUCUCUAUCGUCAGAAGAACGUUUAACUAAAGCAAUUGAAACAGCUAAAAAUAUUGGAGCAAAAAUUAUCAAAAAAAAAUUUUCUUCUUCAACUGUUAAUGACGACGAAGAAUCAGGUUAUGAAUCUGACGACGAAGAAGAAAAACAAUCUUCUAAGUUACCCGAGAAGGUUAAAAAAGCACUAGCUGCAUCAAUUAUAACGGUCAAGAACGUAGCUGCAAAUAUAAAGAAUAAGAUUGUUUCUUCAACAGACGAAGAAGAUGAACAAUCUACACCAAUUACUGAACAAAUUAAAGAACAUAUAGGUAAACCAAUUGAAGAUAAAUUAUCUUCUUUAACUAAACAUGAUGAAAGUGAAAACGAUCUUAAAUCAUUUAUCGAACAUAAAAAAGAAUCAAUAGAAAAAGAGAUCAAAUCAAUUAAUGAUACAAUUUCUGCAAGUGUUGAUCAUUUAAAACAAACAAUAGCUAAUCGUGUUGAUUCUGCUGAAGAUUUUUUUUCAAAUACUUUUGAAAAAUCAUCUAAAUUUCUAAAAGAAAGCAUCAAACAAAUCCCAAAAAGUAAUGAAGUUCUAUCAAAAAUUAAAGAACAAAUUGUCGAACCAAUAGAAAGUAAAAUUUCUCAUGCUAAAGAAGUGAUUAAUACAAAACAUCAACAUUUAAAAGAAACUACUGAUGAUGAAAUAAAAUCAUUAAAAAAAAAGAAAAAAGAAAAAACUUUAACAGAAAAAGAAAAAGAUAAAUUAAAAUCAUUAAAUAAAAUUGCUCAUGAAAAAAUUUCACAACACGAAAAAAAGAAGCAAACUAUUCCAUCAUUUAAUAAAAAAAAAUUUAAAUUAAAAAUUAAAAGAAAAUUAAAUGGUUAUUUUGAUGAUGCAUGGAAUAUUUGGCACUUAGCUAAAAGAAAACUUGCACAUAUAUUUACUUCAUCAACAAAACAUGCACGUCAUUUACCACGUUAUAAUACAACAUCUCUUUAUACGGCAUAUACAGAUCUUAAAUGUUAUGAUUAUAUAAAACAAUUAAAUCGUUAUCGAUUAUUAAAACGUAAACAUCUUCAUUUUCUUGAUACAUAUCGCCAUCAUUCGCCAUUUCCAGUUUAUUUAUCAAUAUUAAAAUCUAAUGGACCUAGAUGUUAUCGUCAUUAUCCGAAUUCGUCGUGUGCCUUAGUAUUAAAAUCAUCAAAUCGAAAUUUUAAAACACAAUUAUAUCGUUUUGCUCGAUUUUGGGCUAUUAUUGGUAUACUAGUUAUUAUUUUAGCAGCUAUUUAUGCAGCUUUAACAGAUCGAAAACAAACUUAUUUUUCAUUAUUUCAUCAUCAGGAAGAUUCUAAUCGAUCGUCAAAGAAUAAACAACGAACAACAAUGUCGAAUAAAAACGAUUUAUCAAAAUCAACAACAGCAAUAGAACAAAAAACAUCAUCAUCAUCUAUUAAUCAACAAACAGUUUCAUCAAAUACUAAAACUUAUCCACUAAAUCAACAAAUUGAAAAGCAUCUUCGUUUGUGGCUUCAAAAUGAAAAAAAUGAUGGUUUUAGAAAUCUAAGUGAAGCAUGUCGAAUAGCAAUUAAUAAUACAUUUUUAAAGAAACAUGAACAGCUCAGCGUGGAAACACUGCAAUUUGCUAAUGCAAAAAUUCGUGAUGUUUCUCAAACUAACAAUAACAACAAUAGUGAAACACCUGCUGAAAAAAUUGUCAUCAAUGCUGUGCUUGAUAUUGAUCAUUUAAUUAUUAAUAUUAUUAAUACAUUUCGAGAACAGCAUUUUUCUGUUGAAACACCGAAGUUAUCCGGUCAAUUGUAUAUUUUAUUAGUUAUUAAUCCUAAUCAAUAUUCAAUUGAAGCUAAUCUUCAACAGCUUCAUCUUAAUCCAGUUAAUAUUAUUGAUCCAAAUAAUACUUUAUUAACAAGUGAAAAACAAUCUAUUAUUAGAUUACUAGACGAAACUAUUAAUCGAACAACUGUUCGUUGCUCUUUUCGUCUAUCAGAUCAUCAAGAUGAUACAAAUUAUAAUACUCUUUAUAAUUCUGCAGUUGGAUCUUAUCCAGAUUCAAACAAAAUAUUUUCAUCUAAUAAUCAACCAUCAUCAUUAUCUAUUCAAUCAGUUGGAUCUCGUUCUCGUGAAUCAAAUUAUACGAGAUAUCAACUAUCAGAACCUCCACCAACAUUACUAAUUAAUGAUACUACUCCAUAUUUAUAUACAAAAGAAUCAGAAAUAGAAAAAGAACCGAAAAGAUUACUUGUUCGUAUUGUUAAAGCUGUUAAAUUACAUGAUGUUGAACAACCAUAUUGUAUUCUCGAAUUAAAUCAUCCAAAACAGAUAAAACAAACGGAUACGGCAAAAAAUGGUCUUAAUCCUUUUUGGGAUGAACGUUUUGUUUUUGAAUGUAAUGAACAAAGUAAUCAAAUACGUUUACAAAUAAUCGAUCGAAAAAAAUCUAAUACACGAACGGGUAACAAUUACGGUUAG